AUGUAUUUUCGUUCAUCAUUGAGAAUUAUCACACCAAUUCGUUAUUAUCUGCAGUCAUACGCAACUAGUCGAUCGUAUUUGAUUUUGAAUAAUCCCUAUCCCAAUUGUCAGUUUUUAUCUGCGUCUUCGCCUUUGCCGCAACCAUGUCGAACAUUUAUGUUUUGGCGUGCGAAUAUCAACCGAGAAUUGUACGGUUCACCGACAAAAGCAUUAGCAACAAAGAAACGUCGACGUCUUCAAAAGUCGCUGACACAAAUCAUUCGCGAAGGUAAACUAUGGCGUUUAUUCAAAGACCUUAUCGUUCCAGAGAUCAGCAAAUGGUGGAAAGAACUACAACCAUGGGAUCGAAGACAUGAGUUUUUUCACAAUGAUUAUCUUGUCAUUCAUGAUUUUUCAAGUAAUGAUGAAAUUAAAAAAUGGACAGUCCGUACUGAUCUUGAUGAAGGAGUCGGUGAGUCAACGGCUGAACUUGUACCGAGUGGUCACGGUUCAAUUCUUUUUCGUGGUAAUAUAUCUUCCAAAAUGGUCAAUCAAAAUACGCUAUACAAUAAAAGUGGCUUUGCUAUCAUGUUCUCUGAACGAUUGGUGGGAUCGUUUCUAAUGCCAGCUCAUCAGAAAGGCUGGACUUAUUUCACUCAUAUUCUUCUACGCAUUCGUGGCGACGGAAGAUUUUACGAAAUCCGAUUUCAUACACCAGACCAAGAUCAUCAUCACUGGUCUGAUAUGUAUUCAAUGGUGUUGUAUACACGGGGUGGGCCAUAUUGGUCGACAGCGAAAAUACCUUUUGCACAGUUUUUUCGUAACAAUAUGGGACGAAUUAGUGACAAACAAUAUCCUUUUCAACCACUUUCAUGUACACAACUGUCUAUCGCAGUUUUGGAUGCAGCAGAUGGUCCGUUCGAACUCGAAAUAGGUGAAAUAAGCUUACUAAGAGAUCUACGCUACAAUUAUGAUAAGUUUGCCUAUGAACAGUAUACACUUCCUCCAUACACAACUACUUAUAAUUGA